ACAAAGAAAACUCUCUCCUCGCUCCCGCUCCUCACUGUGAACGCGGGGCCACGAGAUGGAGACAAGUGGAAAGAUCGUCUGAAGGAGGAGUACACUGCCCUGAUCAAGUACAUUCAGAUCGGCAAGGAGAAUGAUUCUGACUGGUUUCAGAUCGAAUCCAACAAAGAGGGAACAGUGUGGACAGGAAAGGUGUGGUACAUCUACGAGAUGAAGAAGUAUGAGUUCGACCUCAAGUUCGAUAUCCCUGUCUCGUACCCGGCAACUGCUCCUGAGCUGAUGUUGCCAGAGCUUGACGGCAAAACAGCAAAAAUGUAUCGCGGAGGCAAAAUCUGCUUGACAGUUCACUUCAACCCCCUCUGGCAAAGAAACGUUCCCAAGUUCGGCAUUGCGCACGCGAUGGCGUUGGGCAUGGGCCCAUGGCUUGCAGCAGAAAUUCCUGACCUGGUUCAAGCUUCUUUCCUCAGUCCAAUGGAACUGAACGAUCUCCUUACAGGUAUCCAGGGGGCUGAUCCAACCUGCAGCCGACAAGAAGUAGAAGGAUGGCAGGGCGAGUCUGUCGAUGUGCUUGUAAGCUUUUGA